AUGCGAAUUCCAUGUGAGGCGGUACUUAUGGUUUCAUUGGCUGGCCGGCCACCAAAGAGAAAACGGCCCACCAAGGCGUUCCUAGUACUGUCGCGAAGAGCUACGCGUGAGGAUGGAAGAAGUCACGAUUAUUUCAUUCAAGUGCGAUUGCCGACAUCGAAAUCAGAGGAGAAUAAGUUCAAGCUUCCACCAUUCCCAGAAAUCAUGUCAAGGUCAAUUCACGAAGGAAAAAUCAGUUUCGUUUUUGGAAAUACUACUGUCUUAAUUAGUCAGGCUGACUCGAAGUUAUUAACGCGCCUGUUAGAAACUCUUGGAAAGAUUAGGCGUGGUGAAACUGUAGAACUAGACAGUUUAACGGUGAGCAGCAAUGAUUUUAAGCCGUCAAGAAUUGAAGUUCGUGAAACGUCAGAAUACUUAGCAAAACGGAAAGGUUUUUCACCAUUUUUGGAAACCCUUACAAUUCAACCUGGAUGCAUCAAUCAGAUUGAUCAUCAAUGGCAAAUGUGCAAAAAACUUAAAGUUAUCAAUUUUUCUGGGAACCCCAUAUUGGAACGUGCAAAAUCAUCCGAUUUUGGAGUUUUUCGAAAUUUGGAACAUGUUGCAUCGAUUUGCUUGGCAGAUUGUGAUAUUGGUAAUAGUCCAAUUGAGAAACAGACCCUGUUCUUCAACUCGCUUCCGCCUAACAUUUCGUUCAUAGAUUUGUCUGGAAAUAAUUUGAAAAUUGUUCCAAAUCUUUACAAAUAUCGCCACGUGAACGGGUUGUCAAUUGCGAAUAAUCGAAUCAAAGUUCUUCCCGGACGGCUUUUCAAAUGUCUUGAACUGAGAACAUUGGACAUUGGUAAGAAUCCGAUCAGUUAUUUGCCCAAUGUAUUUCAUUUCACGACUUCCCUUCAGAAAAUUGAUACAUCAGAGACAUUUAUUGAAAGAGUACAUGAGAAAGAAGAAAUGCGCAUUCUGUCGAGAUUCAAUCUCAGAUUUAUUCAUACGGAUGGUGUCGAUACGCUUAAAGCAAUUGCGGCGAAUGUCAUUCAUAAACAUUCGAACUUAAUGAGAAUUGCCCCACACGUCUUACCGCGAACAUUGAUUCAAGAAACACUUGAUUUUUAUGAUGAUCUAAGUUGGCUGUCAGCCUUGGGAAUGACCGAUGAUCUUUCUCUACUUCUUCAGCAACGAAUCGAGGAAUGUGAAAGAUUAAAAGUUGAAAUUUUUGAAGCAAAAUUUUCAAACGUUGAAGGAGUUUUUAAAAUGAGGAAUCGAUUAGACGCUGAGCUGAGAUUUUUGAGAACUAUAGAAGAUGGUGUCAAACCGUUAGAAAGGAAGUACCUAGAUACUACAAACGUAACUCAUUUGAGCAACAUUAUUCACUCAAUUGAGAAAUUUGAAGAUGUCAUUGGAAUUUUGCACACAUUCGCGAUUCGAAACGUAUCUCAUUACUCCGAUGAGCACACUUUGAAACAUACGGUUGAUAUUGUGGCCAACAACGGCCAAAAAUGGGUAAAAAUUGUAUCUAGAUCAGCUCGUGGAAUUUUAAUGGACUGGAUGACGGGCUGUUCGAGAAAUGUUUUCAACCAGGCCAAAGAUUACAUUCGAAUGUCGCACAAGUUCAAAUAUAAUUUUGCUCCGCCGAAAAUUUGCGUAUAUUUUUGCGCUGGUGUCGCUGAUAAAAUGGCAGAGAAAUUAAAAAGAAAAAAUAUUGAGGUCAUAGGAAAUUUAAUUGAGAUUGAUACAAUUACGAAAGUCCCCGAUGAUUUUCUUGAAAUGUUGGAAGAAGAUUCAGAAAUUGAAUAUUCUAGCAAUGAAAGUGAUGAUGACGAUGAAGAGAGCGGAGUGACACUUAGCGGCAAUAUGAUGGACACAAAGGGAAAAGUGGUCAACUUGGACGUUUCGGCUGUUUUCGUUCUGAUUUCGAAUAUGACACAUGGAGGAGGAGCAAAUCAUAGGUUUGCGAGCCCUCUCCUCGAGAUGCAGGCAGUACAGGAACGAGAAAAACCGGCGAAACCCGCUCUUGAGCGAAUAAUGAAAGAUAAGCAAUUGCUUAUUUGCCAGACUGCGUAUGAUGCGGUUGUUAAAAUAAUGUCUACUGUUAGUGGGCCUACUGAGAUGGAGCGUUGGAAAGAACUGGAAAAAAAACUCAAAAUUGUCCCCGAUCGGAUUUCGGAUCGUGCUAGCAACUUGGCCAUGUCGGAUCGGAUUAAAGAGCGGAAUCUAAAAAUUUUUGGCUCGGGGGAUUAUUAUCAAGCGGUCACUUUAACUGCGAAUAAACAUUUUGUAUCUUCGGCAUAUCAUCAGGGGGUUGCAUUUAACGCAUUUAUACACGAAUCUAGAGCCCUAAGCGAGCAGAAAGAACGCCAUCUUGAUUGGGUACCUCCACAGGGACCGAGGCCGACCCAUGCAAGAAGAUAUUACGAGGAUUACUAA